GGUGGGGGCUACGACGAACUUGGAAGCCUGGGAGACAAGCCGAUCGUGGACUGAACUGUCCCCAUCACGACAGGAUAUGGACUUGGAGGACGUGGCCAUCGCCUUCUCCCAGGAGGAGUGGGGGCUCCUGGAUGCGGCUCAGAGACUGCUGUACUGCGAGGUGAUGCUGGAGAUCUUUGCACUGGUAGCCUCCGUGGGUUGCUGGCAUAGGACGGAAGAUGACGAGACGCCUUGUGAGCAGAGCGUGUCUGUAGAAGGAGAGUCACCGGUGAGGGCGUCCGAGACGGCGCCGGCCGCCCAGAGGACCCACCCCUGUGAGCGGCGUGGCCUGGCCGUGAAGGCUGUUCGGCCCCUGACUGAGUGCCAGGCCGCAGACCUUGAGCAGAGAGCCUUCCCUGGUGACGCACGUGUGAGAGACUUCUGUUUCCCUGCAAACCCUCACCAGCAGCUGCGGGAAGCCAGUGCCGAGGAGCCCCAGGAAGGAGCUGUGGACGGGGCCUCGCCUGUGACCAGGUGCAGCUGCUGCGUCUCAGGGGCGCCUCCUGCCAGUGGGAAGGUGGGGGAGGGCUUCCCAGCCACCUCAGGCCUUCAGCACCGGGCCCCUGGUGAUCCUGAGGAGCCGCACGAUGGCGGUGAGAGCGGGCAGGCCUUUCCCAGCGGAGAAAAUCGUCUCCGUUCAGGAGGAUGUGCAAAAGCCGCCAGCCCAAACCAGAACCUUGUUCCACGGCCAAGUGUCUGUUCUGGAAAAGGGCUUUGUGAGUGCAGCAAGCGUCGAAAAGCCUUUAGACACAUCUUCAACCUUAUCCACCACAGAGGCGUUCACACCGAAGAAAAGGCUCAUGGGUGUCGGGGUUAUGAGAAGCCCUUCAGCGGAAACUCUGACCUCACCGAACACCAGAGCGGUCACCCUGAAGAAGAACCGUGUGCGUGCAGUGUUUGUGGGAAACGCUUUAGACAGCGCACGCACCUUGGUCAACACCAAAGACUUCAUUCUGGAAAACGCACUUUUGAGUGUGGCGAAUGUGGGAAAUCUUUCCGCUUCAAAUGCAACCUCCGCAUACACCAGAGAGUUCACACUGGAGAAAAGCCUUACGAGGGUAGUGAUUGUGGGAAGUCAUUCAGCCAAAUCGCCCUUUUUACACACCAGAAAAUCCACACUGGUGAAAAGCCAUGUGAGUGUAGGGAUUGUGGGAGAUGCUUUACCUACAAAUGUAUCCUCAUUAAUCACCGGAGAGUUCACACUGGAGAAAAGCCUUACGCGUGCAGUGACUGUGGGAAGUCCUUCCACCAACGCUCUGCCCUCACUCAACACCAGAGAGUUCACACCGGUGAAAAGCCAUAUGAGUGCAGUGAUUGUGGGAAAUGCUUUAGUAUCAAACGUGUCCUCGUUAAUCACCAGAGAAUUCACACUGGAGAAAAGCCGUAUGAGUGUAGUGCCUGUAGGAAAUCGUUUCGGCAACACUCCCACCUUAUUCAACACCUUCGCGUUCAUUCUGAAGAAAAGCCUUAGGGUGUGACCAACGUGGGAAAUCUUUCAGCAAUACCUCCAGCUUCCUUCCACACCUGAGUGUGCACUCAACAGAAAGGCCCUAUCAGUGUAA